AUGGCAAGUGUUUUCAGAAAGACUGACGACUCGGAGAAGAAUGCCCAGGCUACCCUAUACGUUGGGAACCUCGAUCCUCAGGUGAACGAGCCGUUGUUGUACGAAUUGUUUACCCAAUUUGGGCCCAUCAAAUCAAUCAAUUUACCAAAAGAUCGAUUAUUGAAAACCCACCAGGGAUUUGGUUUUGUUGAAUUCAGAACAGGAAAGGAUGCAGAGUAUACCUUAAAUGUAUUGAGUGGUAUAAGACUAUUUGGGAAAAUGCUUAAUUUAAGAAAAAACGACCAGUCCCGGUCAGGGAUAACAUCCAACCAAAAAGUUGGUGCUACUACAGGUCCUACAACAACCUCGAGUAACGACAUUGGGGCCAAGUUAUUUAUUAAAAACUUGAACCCAUUGAUUGAUGAAAAAUACCUUGAAGAUACUUUUUCGAAAUUUGGCAAUCUCGUAGCACCACCGUUACUAGUCCGGGACGAUACUGGGAACUCUAAGAAAUAUGCUUUCUUGAGCUAUGACGACUUUGCCAGCAGUGACGAGGUAAUUGCAAAAAUGAAUAACAGUAUCCUAAUGAACUCCAAAAUAUCAAUCAGUUAUGCGUUUAAAGAAGACUCCAAUGGGAAUAAAAAGGUUAGACACGGGGAUGAGGCUGAACGUCUUUUGGCAGAAAGCGCUAAAGCAAACAGACCAGCCCAGAAUACAAAGUCUAAUAAAAGGAAAACCAGGAUUACUAAACCGAAAAAGAAAAUUUAA